AUGCGGGGUGAUCAUCCUCGCUUCCUCCACCUCAUGUACUCACAUCCAAAAUGCACGAUCGGAUCCGUCGCAGACAAUUCUCCAGCUGCGAUGCCUGUCGUAGAUCGCGUGUCGCAUGCGACGCCAGGCGAGGACAGUCCCCCGAGGACACCAGCAUUCCUUGUUCGCGAUGUGCGAAACGGAACCGGCCGUGUAGCUUCGAGAAAUGAAGACACGCAGCCACCGGUUGGCACGACUCCCGACAUCGAAAACUGGCUCCGGGCCAUGUACGAGAACGUCUUUGAAGCAGUCUUUGGCUCCUGGCUAGGGAGCUACAGCUGUCCAUUUGC